AUGGAUUGCCGACUUCGUGAGGUGUAUUAUGGCCGGGCGUCCCUGCGCCUGCCGCCGUCGCAUCCAAAUCAACCAAAGGCAUCAUCGGGCACCUUCGAGACGCGCUCUGGGUUCAGAGAAUACCCCAUGGUGAUGUCGAUUAGGUACAUCCAGUUUUACAAGAACACAGCGCGCUCAGCGGAGAUGCCGGUGCUGAUCGCGGGGUUCAUCAGGAAUGAGAACAAAGACUACCCCAAGCUGGACGCGCUGAUUGAGGACAUCAGGGUGGCCUGCGAUGUCGCGCCCAGGAGCUUAGACCGCGAGGGGUAG